GCCAUUUUAUAUAACGCCAUUUAUGACGUCAUCAUGUACAACGUCAUUUGACGUUCAAAAACAUUUUUCUUUGUUAUUUAAAUUGUGCAGUCAAAAGACGUAAAAAUGUAGUUAACAUAUAAUUUCCAAUGUUUUGAUAAAGGCAUUAUGCCGAAACGUCAAUUAAAGGAGUAUAAUCAGAGAGUUAUAAUUUUUUAAUAUCCCUUCGGAUAAUUCAACUGAGCUAAUAGAUUUUGCCAAAGGAUUUAGAUGCCAGUGAACUGCAACGACUGGAGAGAAUACAGGCAGCAAAGCGUAUUCGGCGCAGCAAGUCUGCACCAAGCAGUGGGCGCUCUGGAUCUGUGACGGUUGCGCCGACAGUGGAAGAAGAAGAGCAAACCUCCACAACAUGCCUUCCGAAUAUUUUCAAAAUGCAGCAGAAGUCGGAUAACCACAGGCACAAGGACAAGGAGGAAUCAUGUGGGGACAUUCCGUCACCCAUCUCUGACCCCCCACCCUACGAAUCCGUGGGUCAAAAUCACAAUGAUGAUGGCGGCAUAGAGUCCUAUCAGAGUUAUGAGGACGACUCUAACAAACUCAGGGACGAUUCCACUGCGCCGCUGCUGGGAAACUGCACACAGCCCUUACAGUCCUUUCCCAAAAUUACUGAGGAUGACCAUAUACAUCCGAAUGAUGGAAUGGGGCAGCAAACUGGGGACUAUGAAGCCUGUGAACGAGUUGUGAUAAACGUGAGUGGCCUUCGGUUUGAGACACAACUAAAGACACUUAACCAGUUUCCAGAGACGGUUCUAGGAUGCCCAGCUAAGAGAAAUCGAUAUUAUGAUCCGCUUCGCAACGAGUAUUUUUUUGACAGAAACAGGCCUUGUUUCGAUGCCAUUUUGUACUAUUAUCAAAGUGGUGGGCGGUUGCGAAGACCAGUAAAUGUUCCAUUGGAUGUGUUUGCUGAGGAGAUUAAGUUUUAUGAGUUAGGCCAAGCAGCCAUAGAGAAAUACAGAGAGGAUGAGGGAUUUAUCAAGGAGGAAGAAAAGCCCCUUCCACAAAAUGAAUUUCAAAGAAGGGUCUGGCUUCUGUUUGAAUACCCAGAAAGCUCAACUGCGGCCCGUAUUAUUGCCAUUUUCUCAGUGCUUAUUAUUUUACUCUCCAUUGUGAUAUUUUGCUUGGAAACAUUGCCACAAUUCAAGCAUUACAGAGUUGUGAAUGAAACAGCAAAUGGCACUGGGUCUAUUGAAGAAGAUGACAUACCGAAAUUUAACGAGCCAUUCUUUAUCAUAGAAACCUGCUGCAUUAUUUGGUUUACAUCAGAACUAUUGGUAAGGUAUGCAUCAUGCCCAGAAAAGCUUGGUUUCUUCAAAAACAUUAUGAAUGUUAUUGAUAUUGUUGCGAUCAUUCCAUAUUUUAUUACCCUCGGGACUGUCAUUGCGGAUGAAAGUCGAAGCAACAACCAGGCUAUGUCUCUAGCAAUUCUGAGGGUUAUUAGACUGGUCCGAGUAUUUAGGAUUUUCAAACUUUCUAGACAUUCAAAAGGACUACAAAUUCUUGGCCAAACACUGAAAGCCAGUAUGCGUGAACUAGGCUUGCUCAUAUUUUUCUUAUUCAUCGGAGUUAUUCUGUUUUCAAGUGCAGUUUACUUCGCCGAAGCUGAUGCGGAAGCCUCACAUUUCAAAAGUAUACCAGAUGCAUUUUGGUGGGCAGUAGUGACCAUGACAACAGUAGGAUAUGGUGAUAUGCGUCCAAUAGGGGUGUGGGGAAAGUUGGUAGGGUCACUUUGUGCCAUUGCUGGUGUGUUGACAAUCGCUUUGCCUGUGCCUGUUAUUGUUUCCAACUUCAAUUAUUUUUACCACAGAGAAACGGAGUAUGAUGACCGACAGUCCUAUCAGCAUGUGCAAUCAUGUCCGGAAUAUCCUCAAAAGAAGGACUCACUGUUGUCAGACAGCGCUUCUGAUGUGCUAGAAAUGGGGGAAGGAGGUAGCUGCUAUAACAUCAUGGACAAAACCAAUGAGAAUCAUACUAGCAAAAACAACAAUCCAUCAAGUUUGAACAACUUGAGUAUUGAAACUGAUGUAUAAUGAUCACCACUUAAUUCAAUCAUUUGUUUCAAUUAUUUAUCAAAAAGCCAGAUACUGAGUAAUUGAUAGAAUAAAGUUUAAGUCCUUCCCUAUAAAAGCUCUGACACUAUCUUUUUAUGAGGAAUGCAAAGCAAUUGUUACGGAAUAAUCCGAUAAAAAUACUGAGAGAUUCUGGAAAGAAAAUUAAUGAAAAGCAAUUGUGAUCAGACGUCAAGUUUGCACAAGAGUUGCUUAGCAACAAAGUUGCUAUGUUUAAACCAGUGAAAAUGGGCAUAUACAAAUUAUGUAUUAUCUUCUUUUCAAUCACGUUUAUUAGUUUACUUAACCAAUCGUGUGAUGAGUUAGCGCCAUGUAUGAAGUGUAUAAGUGUUUUGAUCCAAUACUGGUUGAUCUGCUGUGAUAAACAAUGUAUAUAGUUCUGAUGUAUUGGAUGUACAGUUACACAAUAUCUGCAAAUUUUU